GCUCAUGUGCUGCACGGUGGCUGACAAGUUGCGGAGCUGUGCUUGCAGCUCGUACAGCAGCGCCGCAUGCACGUGGAGCAGCGUGUCGGUCUCGGCAUGACGCAACUCCAGAGAAUGCAACUGCUGCUCAAAGGUUUGAAUCCCCUCUUCCGCCCUGUGACAACAUGUUGGUUUGGUGAUAAUCUGCCCAAUAUGCUGGCUGACAUUUAACACUCAGCUGCAGCCCUAGCAAGGCGAUAUAAAAUCAUCUGGACGACUGGAGGGACAAAAGUGGAGGAGAACAACAGAAAUCUCUGUCUAACGGCCAAACGACAAGAAAACAACAGAAAAGAAAGAGAGAGAGAGAGACAGGACAACGUGGAAUGUGUCCUGUGUGGCUAUUGGUGGCUGUGGCGUUGGUGGGCGUGGCCAGAGGAGGCCUCCUUCAGUGCUUGGACCAUCCGAGCUGUCAGGAGGUCAACUCUGAGAGCAGCAUGAUGGACUGUAUCCAGCUCUGUCACUCUGACCUCACUGCUGAGAUACCCAUCAUCCCAGGCGAUGCCCACCUCCAACCUCCUCCUCCAUCAGAUCCCGAGUCUCUGCCUCCUCUCUCUCUUUUAUCUCCCUCCUCUUCCUUAUCCUCCUCUCCUCAGGCCAAGCGCUCCUACUCCAUGGAGCAUUUCCGCUGGGGGAAGCCUGUUGGGCGAAAGCGCCGCCCGGUCAAAGUCUACAGCUCUAACGACGUGGAGGAGGAAUCAGCCGAGGUUUUCCCUGGAGAGAUGAGGAGACGGGAGCUGGCAAGCAAGAUGGUAGCAUCACAGGAUGAGGAGAAAGCGCAGGAGGUGGCCGAAGAGGAGCAGGAGCAGCUCCCGGGAGAGAAGAAAGACGGCACGUACAAGAUGAAGCACUUCCGCUGGAGUGGCCCGCCGGCCAGCAAACGCUAUGGCGGCUUCAUGAAGAGCUGGGACGAGCGGAGCCAGAGGCCGCUGCUCACGUUCUUCAAAAAUGUCAUCAACAAAGACGGACAGCAGCAGAAGUGAGGGAGGGAGGUGAAAGGAGAGGGAAGAGACAGACAGAAGAUGAGCAGACAAAGAGAUGCCUCCAAACUAAAUACAAAAUAUGAUGUUUGUCAUACUUUCCAAAAGCCUGUCUCCUAGAAAUUAAGUUUAUUCACUGCUAAUUAGUUUUUCCAUUUGUGUUCUGAUGAGAAACAAAAUCGCUGCCUGGAUUCUGUUCACAGACAGUGUUUUACAAGUUAUUUUUGUUUUUUGUUGAUAUCAAUAUUGUCUCGGAUUAAUGGUUUAGUCCAUAAGUCUAUAGUGAAAAAUGUUCAUCCCAUUUUUCCAGAGUUGAUGUCGUGUUCUGUCCAACCACCAGUCUCUUACCAAAAGAUACCCAGUUUGCAAUGAAAUAAAAAAAAAGAAAAGAAAAGCAGUAAAUAUUCACAACUGUGACUCUAUAUGAAUUGUUUUUGGCAUUUUUUGCUUGGAGAAAGACUUAAACGAUUAAUUGAUGAUCAAAAUAGGUGCCUAGUUAUUUCAGCUGAACAGUUUUUUUGCAAGUGUAGGAAGGGGCUACAUUUCUGGACGGCACAGGCAGGUGAUUAGGGUGGAUGGUUGUUGUACAAAUCUGGGUUCACAUCCUGAAUGAAACAUUUAAAAGGUUAGGGAAAGAUUGUAUUUUGGGGUAAGUGUUAAUAAAUUAAAAAUGUCUUGUCUCACUAUUAAGGUUUUUAGUAUAAAACCAAAACCAUGACAGUUCCUCACUCUUAAAGGAUCAGCUUCUUACUAUGAGUGAAGGAUACAGUAGUUAAUUAGUAAAGUUUCCCCCAUUAUGGUGACAUACAACCCAAUCCGGGCUUCAUUAGGUCUCUUUCAAAAUGUAUUUGCUGUUGUAAAUAAGUAAUAUAUGGUAUAAAUUUAAUUUCUAGCAGACAGGGUUACAGUAGGGUGACAUUAUCAGUGUCUUCUGUUUGACUCAUAUGGGUGUUUAAAAGAUCAAGAUUAAAAGACAGAGAAGAAGAUGAAGA